UUAUCUAUUAUCUAUCUAUCUAUGUGUCUUAUCGUGAAAUAAAUUCCAAUAAAAAAAUGCUUUACAAUCCGAAAGUGUUUUAGUUGUGCAGUUUUCUUAGCGACUUACAAUUCACCAUUAUGAAUCCCGCGGGUUUUUUUCAAUUCGUUAUCCUUUCAGUACUCACUACGGGAAUAGUACUUUUGGUGGUAAUAAAUUUGCAAGCUUUAGAAUUGCAAAGGAUGAACAUUGUGAAAACAACGUCAACCAUCAACAGGUUUAUUUCUGAACGGAAUACUCAAAAUUCCUUUAUUGCAACUGAACAAUCAGUUCAAGUAAACAAGGAAGAAGUUAGGGAAGUGUUGAAUCCGCCAUUUGAAUGUGAAAAUAAGAAAUUAGUCAGAUGGCUUGAACAGAGGGGACAAUUUUACGUUUACUAUAACUACGUAAUCGCUGAAAAACAAUUUCUGUGUCACGAAAGUGUUACAUACACGACGCAAGCCGAUUUUACAUUUUUGGACAAUUUAGUGACUCUAACAGAAGCCUGGAAAGGACCCAUAAGUGUUACACUGUACGCUCCAGGUGACGACUUUCAGAGGACAUUGAAAUCCAUCGCCUAUUUAAGGAAUUGCGAAACACCCUUAAUACGAGAAUUUGUAACAUUUCAUCUGUUUUUUGAGAAAAUAUUUAUUCCAAAGAAGUUGAAGAUUCCUUUGAAUAACGCUGACGAAAUAUACGAAGAUGAUUAUGAUUGCAGUACAGUUCCGCCGUUUAAACAAAUCCGUCACGAAGAAAUUUUUAAAACGCUGAAUAAUCUUACAUAUCCAAUCAAUGUGGCGAGAAAUAGCGCAAGACUGGCUUCUCAAACUUACUACGUUUUCGCUUCCGAUAUUGAACUUAUACCCCCUCUCAAUUUUAUACCAAAAUUUUUGGAUUUAGUACAAAGAGAACAAGAAAUCCUCGCCAAUAUUCCAAGGAAGAUAUUCGUAUUACCGAUUUUCGAAGUUCUGGAAACCGCUAAAGUCCCGAAAUCUAAAACCGAGUUGUUACGGAUGCUUAAAAAUUCCACUGCUUUUCUCUUCCACGAGAAAUUGUGCAGACGAUGCCACGAAGUGCAAAAUUACACCGAGUGGUUAAAUACGCCAGAGAGCAACUUACUGAAUGUUCUGGCCAUUGGAACGAGAACUAACGCUUACAAAAGUUUGGAAGCUUUUUACGUCGGAACCAACGACGAACCGCAAUUCGACGAAAGAUUGACAUGGGAAGGCCAAAAAAACAAAAUGACCCAGGCAUACGCCAUGUGCUUAUUGGACUAUCAGUAUCUGAUUUUGGACAACGCUUUUCUUGUUCAUAAACCCGGAAUAAAAAAAGAGAAAGUGCAAAUGUCCAUUUUUAGUCCUUUGGUACACGACACGUACCUGUUAGUGAAACAUUUUAUUGUCUCAGAACUUCGUGCGUUGUACGGUAAAAGGGCAGGCUGUUAAUCCAGCACUGUGCCCUAAUACAGUGUGUAAUAUGUAUAUAUUUUUCAUACAGGGUCGGCCUUGGGCAUUGCGAGGCUCCGGGCGGGCAGACCUUUGCGAGGCCCUUGUCUAUGUGGAAUUAUUUUAAUAACGACACUUGACGAGAAAUUUAGAAUUUUAAAAUUGCUUAUUGGAAACACAAAAAUAACAAAUUAAUAAUCAUGAAUCAUUGGAUUGUUGAGCGAGUGCUCGAGGACCCUGCAAGAAGCGAGGUCCCGGGCGGUUACCCCGCCCCCAAUGGCCGCCCCUGUUUUUUAUGUGAGAAUGAAAAAAUUAAUAAAAAACAAAGAUUGAUUCUUACAAUUUUUCCAAUUUUGCAAAAAAACGGCGUGAGACUUGAAAGGUCGAGGAUCUACAAGACUUAUUUUUAGCCACUCCUUCUAUUUGUGUAAAAAUUAGAAUUAUCAAUAUUUAUAAACUAAUUAAUUAAUACGUACAAUUUAUGCUAAACAUUAAUUAUUGUGUAUUGUAAUAUUAUUAUUCAUUCCAAAGUGCGAAAUCUCAUACUAAGGAUUAAGGUAUAUUUUCUCACCAUUCCUGGAGGUUUUCAAUGAAAUCUUGCAAAUAAGGAUAUGUGUACUGUUAUUUAUUUUUAAAAAUUAUUAUGACACAAUUUGCCCCUUUAUGAGAACUGCAUGAUUUUUGAGACAAUGUUCAAAGGAACGCUAUGAUGGAGAUGAUUUACUAAAACUUGCCAAGCGUACUUACGAGAAACAAGGUUAAAAUUUUUUUUGUUGCAUUAUUAAUUAUUAAUAAAUGUUACUGGAAUUCCUUUGCGCUUGUUGCCCUUACUAAUUUAUUCGAUUGCAUCUACCGUAUGCGAAAGAGUGUUCCUUGGCAUAGUGAAUCUCAAAGCAUAUGUAUACAGUAUGCGAAUUACCGUUUCGUAGAAAUGUGUAUUCGUACGUGUGCCUGCUCGCAAAACUUCUAAUUGCCAGUUUUUAUAGUGCUAUUAACCUAGGCUUCGCAGAUACAGAACUACCAUCAUUUCUGGGUUCAUACGCUAAUGAUAAACCUAGUGUUUCAAGCUAGGAUAAUUUAAUAGGACGAGGUUUCAUUUUUUUGAACCAAUAAGGAAUUAGGAUAUAUGAGAGUGGUUUUUCAAACCUAAGAUAGCAAACGAAACAUCCUGUAUUCGAUCUUGCAUUACUGUCUUAGAUCGACAUGCUUUAGAGCAGUUUACAUGAUGCUAGGAAAUGUGAAUGAGUAAUGAUAAGGCAACAACAUGUCCGUGUAGAAAAAUGAAUAGUGUUCAUAAAAAAACACAAUUCGAAAACUAUGCCAAUUUGCACUAGAUAAAUUAUUGGAAUUAACAGGUUUUGUUAGUAAAACGUAAUAGGUCUAGACGCCAAAUAUGCUUGUUAUUUUUAAGUGAUAAUGUAUACUCGAAAACACGUAGUUAGCGGUCAGUGCUAGCGAUGAGAGCGGCAUAUUAUAACUUAAGACCAAGAUCCGCACUUUCGCAUGCGGUAUAGUUUAUAUUUACGUAUUUAAAGAAUUAGCUCACUUGUUCUUGUUUUCCAAUUAAGUAAAUAUACAAUAAGCAUUUUAAA